GUGCUCGCCGGUGUCGCGGCGGCCCGCUGGGCGGCGGACAACCUGGUGAGACGGCUUGGCAGGGAGCUGCGGGAGGCGAAGGAAGUCAUCGCCAGCCUCCAAGCGCAGCUGGCGUGCGGUUCGCGCGGCGACGCCGCGGAGGCGGAGGCCCGCCGCCGCGAAGCCAUCGCGCGGCCCGCCUUGGUUGCGCGCGUCCGCGGACGCCGCGAAACCAGGGCGCAGCGGCAGCGGCGGAACGUCGCGUGGCAUGCCGAGCGAUGCCCGUCGGCAGACGCCCCGCCGCAGGCAUGGCGCAGGGCUCAAGACGGGCCGCGCCUCCCAGGAGGGCCCCUUCCUGGUGAGGGGCGCGGCGGUGCGGCGCAGGGUGCCGCCGCGUGUGAGGUGGGGACCUGCGUCUGCGAAGUGCAGCCGCCGGUUGAGUGCGCAUUGGGUGCUUGCGUGGCCGAGGCGCCAGCGCGGCUGCCCAGCGCCCGAGUGGCGGCCGCGAGGGCCCCGCUGCGGUCUAGCGCCCAGCCGUGCCUCCCCGAGUGGGCGCGCUGGGCCGCGCUGCUGGAGGAGCUCGGCGUGGCGCAGUUGGCCGAGCAGGGCUGCGGCGAGGGCGGCGCCGAGAGCGCCGAGGCGGAGGAGGUCAUCGCGGAGUUCGGCUGCGAGGCCGAGGAGGAUCGCGCUGCUGCGGCGCGUUGCUCGGCGUGGCGGCCGCGGCGGAGCGGGGGCAGCUUAGUGGGGGGCUCGGAGUUCGAGGGGGAGUCUGAGUUCGAGGAUCUCGGGUCGGAGCACGGGCAAUUCCUGCGUGACGAGUUCUCGGGCGGCAGCGAGCUGGCCGCGGGGUGCGAGCUGGCGCGCGCUGCCUGGCUGGGGCGUUCGGGCUCCAGGCGCGGUGGUGGGGGCGAGCCCGAACCCGAGGAGGAGCGCGGCGCGCUAGCGCUCGCGGCCGACGGCUCCGAGGUAGGCCCCGAGGAGCUGCGCGGGUCCGAGGGGGGCAACGUUUCGUUCCUGGACGGCUUCUCGGUGGCGGCGGUGGCGUGCGCGGCCACGGGGCCGAAAUCGGGAGUUGAGUCGCUCCUGGACUUGGCCGAGGCCCGCGCUCUCGGCGUCCGCCUCGGGAGUGCAGGUUGUCCAGAUGCCGAGGGGCAGGCUGCCGAGGGCGAGGGCAGCUCCGUGGGGGGCUCGGAGUUCGAGGAUCUCGGGUCUGAGCACGGGCGGUUCCUGCGCGGCGAAUUCUCGGACGGCAGCGAGCAGGCCGCGGAGUGCGAGCUUGCGCGCGCGCGGGCUCCAGGCGCGAGGGCGCUGAACGCGGCGGCCCAGGCGGCGAUCCUGAGCGGCGAUCUGGCCGAGGGGCUGCGGUUGCUCGAGGCGGCUCAGGUCUUCGGCCAG